CUGCUGAGAGGGCUCGGUGAUGUCCUGUUGCCCUCCGCUUUGCAGAGCAGAGCACAAGGAAAGCGAUGGCGACGGCUGGCUCUGAACUGUCCCUGUUGAAGCAAUGCCUGAUCAGGAGGAAUGGCCAACAGGAGCAACACGGGGUAGCAGCCUCCUGCCUGCGGGAGCUAAGGAGCAAGGCUCACGACCUCCUAUUAAUUGACAAGGCCCUGGCGCCCAUUACCUUGGUACUGGCUGAAGACGGCACCAUUGUGGACGACGAGGACUAUUUCUUGUGUCUCCCACCGAACACCAAAUUUGUGGCACUGGCAAAGGGCGAGAAGUGGGCCAGCAGCAGCAUCGAUGGGGGCACAGCCUGGCUUGAGAAAGAGGUCACAGACGUUGAUGGAGUGGACAGUGGCGCAGAGAAAUGGAAGCACCUUGCAAGGCAGCUGAAGGGUGACCUUUCCACAAUCAUCUUGAUGUCUGAGGAAGAUCUCCAGGUGCUCACUGAUGUGCCAUGUCCGGAUUUGGCAUGCGAACUUGCUGAGAACCAAGCCAAAAUUCAAGCUCUGCAGGACACCCUCCAGCAAGUGCUGGACAGGCGGGAAGAAGAGCGCCAGUCCAGGCAGCUCCUGGAACUCUACCUGCAGGCCUUGAAAAAUGAGGACCACAUUGUUCCCAAGGCAGAAGAGUCGGAAGAAACUGCUAUGGAGGGUACUGAGGCGGACGACAUGGAUGGCAGCAGCAGAAGAGGUGCUGGGACUGGGAUUCUGCUCAAUCGCCAGCUCCUGGCCACACUCAAGGAAAAAGCAGCCCCAGAACUCAGCCUCGCCAGUCAGGACUUAGAGCUGGUUUUCAAAGAAGACCCAGAAGCCCUUGCCGCGGCCCUGAGCUGGGACGGGCCAAAGGUUGAGGCACUGCAGAAGACCUGCGAGCAGGAACUUUCGAGGCGUCUACAGCAAGUCCAGGCGCUGCAAUCCUUGAGGAGCAUCUCGAAGGGCAAGAAGAAAUUGCCUUGGGGGGACUGGUUGAGUUCCAAGCGCAAGAAGUAGGAGGCCCGGCCCUCUGUGCACCAAGGGGUGGUUGUGCCUUCACAAGCGGAACGCUGAGCAUGUCAGGACAGUGUUGAAGAGCAAGGCGUCAUUCCAGAAGUCCACAGCAUCUUGCUAAGCCAGAAGGUGCUCAUUUUCCCAGAGGGCACCACAACUUGCCCGUUCUUAAACCAGAACUAUAUAGUUGCUUUGCUUUUCGACAACAAACUCAAAAGAUAUUUGGUACACAGCCUCUGGGGGCCUGUCUGAACAAUCUUUGAAGACCAUGGUAGUGUGCUGAAGGGUGGAGAAAAAUGUCUUUUUUUAAUACGACGAAAAGUUUUCUUACUAGUGGCAAUAAAGCUUAAGAACUUAAGAGCAGCCAUUCUGGAUAGCCCAAGGCCUAUCUAGACCAGCAUCCCGUUUCCCGCAGUGGCCCACCAGCUGCCUCAGGAGAUGAAAGCCUGCCCCCAUUUCUGCUGUUGCUCCCUGCAACUGGUAUCCAGAGGCAUCCUUGACUCUUCCAACAGGCCACACUCUGAGUUGGCCUUUGCUUCGGCACUGGCCUGGGGCCAAGGCAUUUCUGGCCUCGGUUGUGGUUUCUGGUCAGCUCUCGUUUUACCUCGUGUUUUUCCUGGGCCUUUCCUGUCAACUGUCUUUUCCUGCUAGACCUCCGCCCUAGUCCGUCCCUUUUUGGCCACACGUCACACUUUCACAGAACUUAACUGUACGUCCCACAUUUCAAGUUGCCCCCAGCUGUCAGUUCCAUGCUGUUGCCUUAAAGCUUGUGCUACGAAACGCAUCGACUUUAGGAGGACGUUUGAGAAGCAGCAGUUCUGCAGCACGCCAAAGAGGGCUUUUUACAGUGCAACCUGGAUGAAGGGAUUGCUACUGCUCUUACUAGCAAAAGGGGGGGGGAUUACUAUUGGUUAGGUUUGCUUAAGAAUGAUUUGACGCACAUUUUAGUGCUAUUAAAUCUUUUCUAUUACUGGAGUA